AUGGCAUCCCAUGUUGGUGCCGGAAGUACUAGUGGAACGGCUAUUAAGGAGGAUGGGGAUGACGGGAAUCUCGAGACAAGUGAGGAGGAGAAUAUGGUGACACAGGUUGCGCACGCGGGAGAGGAGGAACGGGAGGAGAGGCGGGAGAACGAGCAGGAGACAGCGUACAGUGCGUUGCAGCAGCUGGUUACCACGGUUUCGGCCGCUUGGUUAAUGAGAUACGCGGAGUGGGAGGACGAGGAGGUGGGGCGGGAGGAGGCGCGGGAGGGGGAGGGGGCGGAGAGGAGAGAGGAGGGGAUGGAGGGGAGGACAGAGGGGGGGGUGGAGGAGAGGAAGGAGGAGGGUACGGAUGGGGGGAUUGGAGCAAGGGCAGGCGGGGACGGGGAGAAAGACGUGCAUGGGGGUAGAGAGGGAGGGAGGGUUGAAGGUUGGGAGCAACGGCGUGAGGGAGUUGGAGGGUUGGGGACGAAAGGCGGGCGAGAAGGGGUGGGAGAGAAGGAGAGGGAGUUGGGUAAGGCUGAGCGGAGGGAAGAAAGGGAGGAGCAAGAGGGGGUGGAAGGCAGGGAGAGAGGGAGGGGGAAGGAGAGGAGCGGUGGAGAGAAGAGAGGAGAGGUGAACAGAGGGGCGGAAGGGGGAGAGGAGCAGAGGAGGGGGGAGGAGAGGCGAGUGGAGGGGAGUGGAGCAGAAGGGAGGAGCGGGGGGGAGGCGAGGAGCGGGGGCACAUGGGAGGACCUGGUGGUGGAUGUGCAGUCACGGCUGUGGAUGACGUACCGCUGGGGCUUCCCCCCCCUGCCCUGCGCGGCUGCUGCUGCUGCUUCUGAUGGCGCUGCUAGUGCUGCUGCUGGCGGGGCUGAUGCUGCUGCUGGCGGUGGCCCUGCUGUGCCACCGGUUGGGUCGCCAGUGGAGGCGACAUGCGGGCAGGGAGGAGCAGGUGAGGGGAGGUGGUGGGUGAGAGAGCGGGGAGAUGGGUGUGAGGAGGUGAGCUGGGGAAGAGAGCCAUACUACGAGGUCCUUCGUCUCUUUGCAGACUCCCCCUCCCCGCUCUCCCCGUUCUCUCUGCACAACUUGGUUCGGGCCGGCGCUAGGCUUGGCGUCAAGGCUGGGGCAUGGCUCGGACCAUACCGGCUGUGCGUCACGCUCGGGAGCCUGGUUCGGGAGAUGGAGGAGGGGGCAGUAGAGGGUGGUGUGGGUGAGGAGGAGACAGGGAGAGGAGAAGAGGAGGGUAGCGAAAGGCAGGAAAAGCAUGGGGAUGGGGGGAUGGUGAGAAGAGCAAAAGCAAGAAGAGAUGGUGAGGUACAAGAAAACGGCAAGGAAGCUGGUGACUUGUCAUCACGGAGUGAAGAAGGACGAUUGUGGGGCAAGGCGGGGCCACUGUGGGGCAUGCGGGUGCAUGUGGUGGGGGCGCAUCCGGGGGGGGAGGGAGGGGGAGGCGCACCCAUGCUGUGUGUUGAUGAGGUUAUGGCUCUGUGCUGUGGGGGAGGAGGAGGGGGAGGGGGGGAGGAGGGGAAGGGAGGGGGGAGGGAUUUGGAAGGUGGGGAAGCAGUGGAGGAACAAGGGGGGGAGAGGGGAGGGGAGAGGGAAGGGGAGAGGGGAGAUGAGGAACGAGGGGAGGCGAGGAGCGCAUGGCGGGCGGUGCUGAUCCUGGUGCCAUUGGUUCUCGGUGUCGACCACAUGGACGCCCGCUACCAGGAGGCGCUGCGCCGCACUUUCGCCUUUCCCCAGAGCGUGGGCAUUGCGGGAGGCAAGCCCAACACGUUGCUCUAUGUCAUCGGCACACACCAGAGCGAUGUGCUCUUCCUGGACCCGCACUACCCACAGCAGGCUGUUACAUUUCCUGAAGGGCCAAUCAGCACAUGCCAUGUGGACACAUCAUCCUACCAUUGCAGGUGA